CUCGAAUUUCCGCCAAAUUCCACCGCGAGCAGCGAAGGAGGAAGGACCGAUGAGCAGCGACGGGAUCCCGUGUCUCUACACCAAGCACAAGACGCAGAAGGCCAAGACGUACCAUGACGGGAAGCUUGUAAAGCUCUCGACCAAGCUCAUGCUCUACGACGAAGACGGCAAGAGCCUCGACUCGAAGCCAUAUCUACCGCACGAGUGGAAUGCUCAGUUUCCCAACUUUGAGUUUCCCAAGUUCCUCGUCGAGAUCGAAGCGUGUGUGAUGGCCUCAUCGACAUCGACGCUUAACACACCUGGCGCUGCGGCCAUCGCACCAUCUCCUCCUUCGUCGUUUGUCUCGGGCCGCACGCCAGCACCACCCGGCGGCGCAGCGAAAUUUCAGCCUCCGCGAGGCGGCUUCCGGCCACCCAAGCGAAAGAUGGACGAAGCUGAGGUGGCACCCACGGCGACACCAAGCGCAGAGGCAAACGCCUUCACGGCCGCCUUCAGUCGCUCCAAGCAGAAUGCGCUGGCCCGACCCAGUGGAAGCACACCAGCGCUCGGAGGCGGACGACGCCACCUAGUGCCUGCCGCACAGCCCUCGAAUGAGCCGCCGACGAAGAAGCAGCACACGAACAUGCCUGCAGAAUCCCAAGGAAGUGCAGCGCCUCGUCAGCCAUCGCACCGCCCAACACCAACCGCGCCGCCAGCUCGACCAGCGCCGGUCCCCACUGUGCCAAUCGCUCCGCGCGUGGAGAAGACGACCCUCUACGUCGGCAAGGAGUGGUCAAUUCUGCCAGCGCCCCAAAAUCGCUCGGUGCAAGAAAUCAUUGCAUUCUUGCCCAAGUAAACUCACAACCUCAUCAACCAACGACAUGCAUUAUUAUGGGCCACAA